GAAGAAGAUGCUCUGUAUUGUGGACCUGAGUAUUCCAGGAACUGAAAUGUAAGAAGACUUUAUAUUGGAUAACAGGAAGAGGUGUAGAGUUUGCAGGUAUCAACUGUGGUCUUACUAAGCAUGUCAGUGUCAUCAAUGCCAGACAGACGGCACAUGUGGCUGGUGGCUACCAUAUUGACAGUGCAAUUCUGGAAGGUGGAGAGAGCUAUGACACAAGUUUAAUUAAAAGGUCCUAUUACCACUGGAUUGUGCAAGAUUUUUAAUGAUACUUUCUUUGAAUUAUGAUUUAAUAUCAAACAUCUUAAAUUUUUUUAAAAAAGGGAAACAUUUUAGUUUUGGAAGUCAGAAUGCCAAGGAAAAGGAAAAAUCUUGGGGGAAAUCCUAUUCUGAAGACUGCAAACUCUAAGGAAGUUGUCGUAUCCAGUCUUGCUAGUCAUGAGGAAUCAACCACUACUCUUCCUUCCGUGUGUGAGACAAACAUUGAUCAGGAAGAACUCUUCACCAGUAUCUCAGAGAUGUUUUCUGAUCUGGAUCCUGAUGUAGUGUAUUUGAUGCUUUCUGAAUGUGAUUUCAAAGUUGAAAAUGCCAUGGAUUGUUUAUUAGAAUUAUCUGCCUCUGAUGCCAAGAUAGAAGAAUCAUCUUCACAAACCUUUGUUGCUUCUGAGAACCAGCCAAUUGAAACAGGAAGUGAAAUAAUGGAGAAGUAUCCUCCUGAAGAAGAGAGUGAAGAUUUGAAGAUGGAUUCAUUUCUGGAUAUGCAGCUGACUGAGGACUUGGAUUCCUUAAUACAAAAUGCUUUUGAGAAAUUGAACUCUUCUCCUGAUGACCAAGUAUACUCAUUUUUGCCUUUGCAAGAUGUUAAUAAUUUUAAUGACCCAAGUAAGUUUAUAAAUUCACAUUCAAGUAGUUCAACUCCUGUCCAUUCUACGCAAAAUAUGGAUGCAAACAGUGAGAAUUUAGAAAAUUCUGCCUCUAAGGUAAAUUCAAACCCGUUAACUUCACAUUCAGUUUUGAAUGGGUCCAAAAGUUUUAUAAAGGAUAACACUUUGGCUUUGGAAGGUAAUAACUCAGAAGAUUCUCUUCUCAAUAGUUCUUUAAAUUCAGCAAAUGACUCUAUUGUGGGUUGUAGCAAUCUUAAUCAGAUACAGGGUGAGCUUUUAGAAUCUGACUGUGUUGAGGCUCAACUUUCCGAAGCCCCUGUUAAUUUGGAUGCUAAUGAACCUCAGGGUUCUUUAAACCUUCCUGUGCAAAAUCCAGGGUGUGAUUUGCCAGAUACUGUUGGGGAUCAGAAGUCGACCUCUGUCUCUGAUAUUUUUGUACCUUCUGAAGGGUUCAGUUUCAAGCCACACAAACAUACUGAACUACCACCGAAGGGGAAGGAUGUGAAUUACUGCCCAGUACUUACUCCUCUGCCUUUACUGCUUCCUCCUCCUCCACCUCCACCAAUGUGGAAUCCAAUAAUUCCUGCUUUUGACCUCUUUCAAGGAAGUCAUGGGUUUGUGGCUCCUGUUGUAACCACAACUGCACACUGGAGACCCGUCAGCUACACAUUUCCACCCUCGAUCAUUUCUCACACUUCCCCAACAAAGGUUUGGAGAAACAAAGAGGGAACAAGUGCUUAUCAAGUACAAGAAACUCCAGUUGUAAGAAAGAAGACAACAUCAUAUGUUGGACAAGUUCUUGUUCUUCUCAGAGGCCUUCCAGGAUCAGGAAAAUCUUUUUUGGCGAGAACUUUGCAAGAGGAUAAUCCAAGUGGAGUCAUUCUUAGUACUGAUGAUUAUUUUUAUAUAAAUGGACAGUACCAGUUUGAUGUAAAGUACUUAGGAGAAGCACAUGAAUGGAACCAGAAUCGUGCAAAAGAAGCAUUUGAGAAGAAGAUAUCACCAAUAAUAAUAGACAAUACAAACCUACAAGCCUGGGAAAUGAAGCCAUAUGUUGCUUUGUCUCAAAAACAUAAAUAUAAGGUCCUUUUCCGGGAACCAGACACAUGGUGGAAGUUCAAACCGAAGGAACUUGCAAGGCGUAAUAUUCAUGGGAUAAGCAAAGAAAAAAUAACAAGAAUGUUAGACCACUAUCAACGUUUUGUUUCAGUGCCAAUAAUCAUGAGUUCUUCAGUUCCAGAGAAAAUUGAACGUAUUGAGUUAUGUGCAUAUUCUUGUGAGGAUAGAAGUUCCAGCCCAAGAGACAAUGAAGAUAUUACGUCUGAAAAAGAAGAAAAUGUUUUAUCCUCAUCACUGAAGCAUCUAGAAUUAAUUGAAGAGAAGAAUCUUGAAGUGACCAAAGAAAAUGUGCUGUCUGAGAAUGUUACAUAUCUCCCCCACGCAGAUUUAAACAAAGGAAGGAAAGAAAUAAGUGGUAUCAAUUAUAACAUUCAGAGCGAGUUCAUUCAGGAAGCUCCACACGUGUAUCUUUCAGACUCUGGAAGCAAAGUCCAAGCAACAGAAAAGAGUGAAAAAGAAAAGCAAGUAGAAAUGACAUCAGAAAAGCAGUGUAUUAAAACUGAUGCAGAUGGAGCAUCACCAAGUAUUUGCUCUCAUGAAAAUAAUCAAGAAGACUGUGAUCUGGCAAAUACUGUACCACUUCAAAAUGAAAAGUCUUCACCUGGUGAAAUAUUAGAAGAAAGAACAACAGUAAAGAAAAAAGCCUUUGGGAAACAAAAAAGCAAAUCACCUUUGGAAAAGUUUCCAAGACAUGAAAUAUCGAAUUUUGUUGGUGAUUGGCCAGUUGAUAAGACUAUUGGUCAGAGAACAAAAAGGAACCGAAAAUCUGAAAAAACUUCAUCUAUACAAAGUGACAAAAAAUUUAAUCGCCCUCAGUCACGCAAAGUAUUAGAUAAUAGUGUGCCCCUGAAUACAGAUCAUAUCCAACAACAGGGAUCUCCAUAUGAAAGUGUAGAGGAUGGCAAGAAAUCACAAUGUGAUGAUUCUUCAGAAUUUCUCGAUAUCUGUAAAUAUGAUACUUACAAAAAUCCUGAAAAAAAUUCAUUCAGUAUUGUGGGUGACUGGCCUUCAUCUGAUUCUUUAGCUCAGAGAGAGCAUAGAUCAAAAAUGCCUAAGGCUGGAUUAAGUGAACCCAACCUAGAAUUUGGAACUAAUGAUAAUAUGAAUGAAAUAUCCUUAUACACAACACAUGAGGCCUGUUGGGGCACGUGCACUGAAGAACUAAAAUCGUUGGGUAGCAGCUCCACUCUACGAAGUGCUGACAUGAUAACCAGUGAAAUGACCCAUGAGAAUCAAACUUGUCUAAGUAAAAUGAUUGAUGGGCAGCACACAUUGCCUCUAACUUUCACUAAUAGUACAGCAAAUAUUGCUGGAGUAGUAGGGCCACAAAUCCUUGCUGAAUUUCCAGGGGAAAUGCCUAGAGGAGUCCCUGGAAUAGAAAUAGGCACGUGUACCCAGACUGAACCACAGGAUUUUGCUCUUUUAUGGAAACUAGAAAAGAAUAAAAUCAGUGUUUCAGAUUCUAUCAGAGUAUUAACAGGAAGAUUAGAUGGAUUUAAACCAAAAGCUUUCAAUAUUAACACAAAAUCAAAUGUUCAAGACACAAUUCCGUAUAGGGUAAUGUAUGAUAAAAGCACAUAUGUUGAAGAAAGUGAACUUACCAGUGCCGAUGAAUCUGAAAAUCUUAACAUCCUUUGUAAGCUAUUUGGAUCUUUUUCAUUAGAAGCCCUCAAAGACUUAUAUGAAAGGUGUAAUAAAGAUAUUAUUUGGGCCACAAGUCUUCUGUUGGAUUCUGAAACUAAAUUAUGUGAGGAUACUGAAUUAGAGAAUUUCCAAAAAUCAUAUGAUGAAUCACAAGUUGGGCCAUUUUCUAUGGGAUUGAAUUUGAAGGAAAUUAUUAGCCAAAGAGAAACAGGGGAGGAUUCUAAUUCUUCUAUGCCAGAAGUUAGCCCUGGAAUCUGUAUCACUAAUAUACAAUCUAGCUGUAAUGCUGAAAAGGUAAACUCAGAGCAGGCAGAAAUAAGAACCAUAACUCCUGAAAAUCCUGGAUCAAUAACAAAUGUAUUUCCUAGUACUGCUGUAGAUCUGAAGAGUAAUAGUGAAGUACUUCCUAACAGCCAAGUAGAACUUUCAGGUUUAUGUAACUUCAAGUCAUCUCUUCCAGCUAUUCUAAAAUCAGCUACCCCUAAAGAUGUGAGUGAAAUAGAGAACAGUUUAGUAGCCGCAGAGACUGGAGAUGGUAUACAUUCUUUAUAUUUGUCAGAUAUUUUAAACUCUGUAUCAAGUACUUCAAAUCUUGAAUUGAAUGAAGAAGUUUAUUUUACUGACUCUUUAGAAAUUAAAAAAAAUGAAAAUCUUCCAAAGGAUUAUGUGAAAUUUGUGAACACUGACGAAUUUAUGAAUGAAGAUGAACAGGAAAUGGAGAAAAUUCUAAUGGCAGGAAGUAAUUUGUCAACUGAAGUUAGUGAAGAAGAUAAAACUGAAAUAUUGAAUCCCAUGCCAGUGAUGGCCAAAUCUUUGACCAUAGACUGUCUGGAAUUGGCAUUACCCCCAGAGCUGGCUUUUCAACUCAGUGAAUUAUUUGGUCCAGUUGGUAUUGAUUCAGGGUCUCUAACAGUUGAGGAUUGUGUGGUUCAUAUAGAUCUGAAUCUGGCUAAAGUGAUCCAUGAGAAAUGGAAAGAAUCUGUAAUGGAGCGACAAAGACAAGAGGAGGUAUCUUGUGGCAAGGUUAUGCAAGAUCCUUCCCUGGUUGGACAUAUUGGUCUUGAUAAUCCUGAACAAAAAUCAUCUCAGAGAGCAGGCAAAAAAUUACUGAAGACUGUAGCAGCACCCGAAAUGCUCCCCUUGUUGGAUCAUUGGAAUACUCAAACUAAAAAAGUAUCACUCAGAGAAAUAAUGUCAGAAGAAAUUGCCUUACAGGAAAAACAUGAUUUGAAAAGGGAGACACUUAUGUUUGAAAAAGAUUGUGCCACUAAACUAAAGGAGAAGCAGCUCUUUAAGAUAUUUCCAGCCAUUAACCAAAAUUUUCUGGUGGACAUUUUCAAGGAUCACAACUAUUCAUUAGAGCACACAGUGCAGUUUUUAAACUGUGUUCUUGAAGGAGAUCCUGUAAAAACAGUUGUAGCUCAAGAGUUUGUUCACCAAAAUGAGAAUGUCACUCCUCAUACUGCACAGAAGUCUAAAGAAAAAAAGGCAAAGAAAUCGAAGGAGACUGAAGAUACCCCAAGUGAACCAUCUUUCCAGGAUUUCGAGUACCCUGAGUAUGAUGACUACAGGGCAGAAGCUUUCCUGCACCAGCAGAAGAGGAUGGAAUGCUAUAGCAAAGCUAAGGAGGCUUACCGCAUGGGGAAGAAAAAUGUUGCCACCUUUUAUGCCCAGCAGGGCAGUCUUCAUGAGCAGAAGAUGAAAGAAGCCAAUCACCUUGCUGCUGUGGAGAUCUUUGAGAAAGUCAAUGCCUCCCUGCUGCCACAGAAUGUCUUAGACCUCCAUGGGCUGCAUGUGGACGAAGCAAUAGAGCAUUUGAUGACAGUUUUGCAGCAGAAAACUGAAGAAUUUAAGCAGAAUGGUGGUAAGCCCUAUCUUUCUGUGAUUACUGGGAGAGGAAACCACAGCCAGGGAGGAGUUGCUCGCAUCAAACCAGCUGUCAUUAAAUACCUCACAAGCCAUAGCUUCAGGUUCUCUGAAAUUAAACCAGGGUGCUUGAAAGUCAUGCUAAAGUAAAAUAAAUGUCCUUGACUUAGAAGUAUGAAGGUUUGUAGGUUAAAGUUCAUUUUAAUUGAAGUAAUUCAGUCAAUUCUGCUUUAAACAUAUGUUUUAUUAGGAAUAAUGUUCACUUAUGAGACAAAAAUUGUUUUUCAAAAUUCAAGAAAAGUUUAAUUUUUUUUUUACUGAAUCAAAUUCCAAAUAAUGUUACCUGUUCAAAGUAUUAAAGAGAAUUUUUAUGGAUUACAAAAUGUCCAAGAAAAUUAUCAGCUGCAGUUUUUAAGUCUGAAGUGCUUUGAUUCUUUCUCAAAGAGAAAAUGCUACCUUUGAGAACUGGUUCAAACCUUUCAGAGGCUUGUAUUAAUAUUAGUAAAGAAAGAAAGGUGAUCUAACAACAACACUUGAAUUCUUUUUGCUUUCAAAGCCAAAUACAUAAAAUCAUAUCAUUUUGCCAUGUCCUGCAGAAGGGGAUCGUUGUCACACUUUCUUCUGCUUUGUACAUGACGGUCAUCUCUUGCCUUUUUUUGUUCUGUUCUUCUGUGUGUGCAUUUUCUAUGAGGAAAGUUGGGUCUGAGAUUAUCUUGCAGUCUUAUCCCUUCCAUAGGCAUAAAGGUCUUCAGACGCAAGAUGGUGUGCUGUCUACCGUGCGUUGCUGCCUUCUAGGACUCCCUGAAACAACCGUGUGCCCAAGUGGCAGCACAGACAGCACUAAAGAGCUGUAUUUUAUAUUGGGGGCAUGUAACGUCUACAUUAGUAGGUCACAAUCCUGUUAACUUAAAUCAGAAGACAUUUUUGAUAUCAUAAUAAAAGGAAUCUGUACAAUUUAAAAGAUUUUUACCUUUAUUUUGAAAAAGAGCCAACUUUCUGAAACUUUCAUUGAUUGCUCGUUUCAUUAGCUGAAGAGUCCUGUAAGUAUGUAAAUUAUAAUUUCUUUUACACAGGUUUAGUGUGGUAAUACAUAAUUUUUUAGUAUGAGACAGUGACUAAAAUAAGUUUGAUUUUGGACAUAUAGAAUACUGUCUAUAUAUAAUUUUAGCAAACAAUUGUGUUGCUUUUUGUUUAGUUUUAAAAAAUCAUUUGGACAGGAAUGAUAAGAUUAUUACUGAAAGUGUCCUGAAAUACAGAAUGGUUUCCCAAAUGAGCAAACAUUUUAAUGAAAAUAAAACUCAAAAUCAUAUUUUUAUAUAUCAUCCAUGCAUGAUUUUAAAAGAAGCUUAUCUUUGAAUUUAUUUCCACAAAAAUAGGAAUAUAUGUUUAUUAUUUAGAAAUGACUAAUGACUGGUGUUGAAGUAUUAUUCACUUUCUUAUAUUUGUAAUAAUUCAUUUAAACACAUGGCAGUAAACUAAACUGCACACUUUUUGUAAUGUUGUAUACAUUCAAAAUAGGCAAUUCCUUCUAACAACUUAUUAUAAAAUUAUGCUUGUUAAUGAAAUAAAAAUAUUCCUAUGUAUAAAUUAAUAUGAUUUAAGAGAGAUGAAAACCAACACUAAAACCUGGAGUUAUUGGAGUAUGUGCAGUUGCAUCCUCAUUUUCUGUGUUUUUAUAUUUUCUUACCUGGUUAAAAAAAUACCACUUUUGAGCACUUCAGCCAGACUUACUUCAAUAUUAUGUUGAUAAUGAUUAAUAAGGAAGCAGUCAAAAGAAGUAGUUAUGGUAUUCUGUGGGUACAAACCAAAUGAAAGAAGCUAUGUUCUAUACCGUAUCACUUUUAUGUCUUAUUUUGGUAAAUCUGUAGUAUUUCUUAAUUACCAUUGAUAAAUAUGCAAGCAAAGUUUGUGCAUCGUAAAUAUUUUUAUGAAGUUGUUAAACCUACACUGCCUCCUGCCCUACUACCUAGUAUAGUUUAAGCAACACAUAAUUCAAAAGAAAAAUUUAUAAUUCCUCAUCUUUUGCUCAUUUCCAAAUCCUGUAUGCAAGAAGUAAAGAUAGCUUAAGUAUUACUGAUGUUUUCACAUGUUGGUAUAUUUAUACCAAUACAUGACUCACUAGAAGAGCUCUUUGUAAACUUAAUAUUUUAAAAUAUUUGAAAAGUAUAGUACUUCUGUGGUAUGGAAGGUUUUAGUAAAAAUUAAAUCCAUUUGUAUUCUUACUGGUAUCUACCAGACAAAAGAGAAAAAGAGAACUAAUGUGGAAACCGUAGGGUGCAUGCAUCCGGGCCAGAGGACUCUUUACAGUGUUUUCAAUCUGUCCAUUUCCUCUGUCCAAUGUGAGAAAUUAGAAGCAUGUUUUCAUACAUUUAUUGAGUGUUCAUAUAUCUCUAUGUUAUUUUCAAGUUGAAGUUUCUUCUGUUAGUAGUUCGAUACUAUUUGCAUUUCUGUGGCCUUUAAAUAUGGUACAUAUUAUAUAGUAGUGUGACUCUAAAAUGUUUUACAUUUUAUAACAUUUUGAAAGGAAAAACUCACAGUUCUUUUUCUGUCCUUUUAUUAUGGUCUUUUUCUUUUUAAAUUCAAGUGCUUUGUAUGUUUAGGAAAAGGACACAUGUAAUUACAUGAUUAGUUAUUUCUGAGCUGGAAAUUGGAAACUUCUGAAACUCAGGAAAUUGCUCUGACAAUGUUUUAACUGCUCUCAAUGUAAGAAAUGUCAAAAUGCGUUAAAAAAGACAAAAAUAAUGUGUGCUGUUUUUUCCAAGUGCUUUUUCUAAGUGCUUUUUCAUUGUGCAAUGAGGUGAAAUUUGAUGUUUUGUGUGUAGUGGUUAAAUAUUGCUUAUUUUUAUUUACGUGUAGGGAACAGAUUUAAAUGUGUGGCAAAAAAAAAAGUCAUUUAAAAGGUAAAGUAUGUUUAUGUAGAAUGUAUGUUAAUGGUGCUUUUUUGAAGUGUAAUUCAAGUUUACAGUAUUACUUAAUGCCUCUUUACAGAAUUUAAUAGAGAAAAAAGCCCAGGACACAUCUGUAUCCUGAAGAGCCUUUUUCAUAACUUCAUGUUAUAAUAUGACAAGGUUUAUUAUUUUCCUUAAAGCUGAGCAGUGACUUUUGUGGUCUAAAUGAUAAACCUGUUAUUAAUAAAUGAUUGAAUUAACCAUGAGAUUUCUCCUUAAAAUAUAACAUUGCAGCUAUCGGAUGGAGAAUAUAAGAUCUUCAGAUGGUAUAUCAGAAACAAAAUGUUUUUAUUUGUACUAUAAAGAAAAUGUAAUUUUGCUGUUAACUCUGUACUUUUUUUAUUGAAAAUGUUUAUAACUUUGCUUUUAAAAUUUCUUAUGAAACCAUUUGCAAAUUUCACACUUAAUUUAAUAAAAUGCUUUAGCUACA